GUACCGAAUUCAAUCCAUUCUUUGCCACCCAGAAUCACAAAUAAUAAACUUUAUUUAAUGGCAACUUCCACAGGUCCUUCCAAGAAGACGGCCAUCCCUUCGUCUUCGGCAGACCGAACACCGCAGGCGGUGAAGUUCGCCCGCCGGACGUCCAGCGGCCGGGUCGUCAGCCUGUCCCGGGACGAAGACCUGGACGUGUCAGGGGAGUUCUCCAGCCCCAGCGACUACAUAAACUACACGGUCAUGAUGCCGCCAACCCCGGACAACCAGCCAGCUGGCGGAGGAAGUAACUCCGGCGACAAGCCCGAUGGCCCCGGGGGCUACGCCUCGACAAUGUCCCGGUUCGCGAUGGAAACGCAGAGGCCUGGCGGGUCGAGGGGGGAGGAAGAAGGCGGUGGUGGGAAUUCGGCGGGGAAGCUGGACCGGCGGGUGUCGGUGAUGAAGUCGAACAACAAGUCGAUGCUGCUGAGGAGCCAGACGGGGGACUUCGAUCACAACAGGUGGCUGUUCGAGACCAAAGGAAAGUACGGAAUUGGGAAUGCAUUUUGGCAAGACGACGAGUCGUUCGACGACACCGGGGUGACCUUGUCGGAUUUUAUGGACAAACCUUGGAAGCCUCUGACUCGCAAAGUUAAGGUCCCGCCGGCUAUUCUUAGCCCUUACAGGCUGCUGAUCAUGGUUAGGCUGGUAGUACUGUUAUUGUUCCUGAUAUGGCGAAUACGGAACCCUAACGAAGAUGCGCUGUGGCUAUGGGGGAUGUCGAUAGUGUGCGAGUGCUGGUUCGCCUUCUCGUGGCUGCUGGACAUUCUGCCCAAGUUCAACCCCAUCAACCGCCAGACUGACCUCGCCGCCCUCCGCGACAAGUUUGAGACCCCCUCCACCACCAACCCCCGCGGCCGCUCCGACCUUCCCGGCGUCGACGUCUUCAUCUCCACCGCCGAUCCCGAGAAAGAGCCCCCCUUGGUCACCGCCAACACCAUCCUCUCCAUUCUCGCCGUUGAAUAUCCCGUCGAGAAGGUCUCCGUCUACAUCUCCGACGAUGGCGGUGCCAUCCUCAAUUUCGAGGCCAUGGCCGAGGCUGUCAAAUUCGCCGAGAUGUGGGUGCCAUUCUGCCGGAAACACAACAUCGAGCCGAGGAAUCCGGACAGCUACUUCAACGUGAAGACGGACCCAACCAAGAACAAGAAGAGGCCCGACUUCGUAAAGGACCGGCGGUGGAUCAAGAGGGAGUACGACGAGUUCAAGGUGCGGAUCAACGGCCUGCCGGAGGCCAUCAAAAAGAGGUGCGAGAAGCACAACUCCAAGGAGGAGAUGCAGGCCAAGAGACUCGCCAAGGAGAAUAACGGCGGCACGCUUCCGGCGGAGCCCAUCAAUGUCACCAAGGCCACCUGGAUGGCCGACGGCACCCACUGGCCCGGCACUUGGUAUUCUCCCACCGCCGACCACUCUAAGGGUGACCAUGCCGGAAUUGUACAGGUGAUGAGCAAGGUUCCAGAGAAUGAACCGGUGAUGGGUCAUCGAGACGAGAAGAAAUUGGACUUCACAGGGAUCGACGUCAGGCUUCCAAUGUUUGUCUACGUUUCGCGAGAGAAAAGGCCUGGUUACGACCACAACAAGAAGGCCGGCGCCAUGAACGCCAUGGUGAGAGCUUCUGCUAUUCUCUCCAACGGCCCCUUCAUUCUGAACUUGGACUGCGAUCACUACGUUUACAACUCCAUGGCUAUAAGAGAAGGAAUGUGCUUCAUGAUGGACCGCGGCGGCGACAGGAUCUGCUACAUUCAGUUUCCUCAGAGGUUCGAAGGCAUCGAUCCCUCUGAUCGAUAUGCCAACCACAACACCGUCUUCUUUGAUGGUAACAUGAGAGCUCUGGAUGGCUUGCAAGGCCCAGUAUACGUGGGAACAGGCUGCAUGUUCCGACGCUACGCCCUCUACGGCUUCCACCCGCCACGGGCAAAGGAGUACACAGGCAUCGUCGGGCAGAAUAAGUCCCAGGCUCCCAAUAUCAGUAGUCAAAUGCAGGCUGAAGAGGACUCUGAAUCACAGCCCUUGGCAGUUCACCCUGACCUGCAACUCCCCAAGAAAUUCGGCAACUCGACAAUGUUCCACGAAUCCAUUGCUGUCGCGGAGUUCCAAGGCCGCCCGCUGGCCGAUCACAUCUCCGUCAAGAAUGGCAGGCCUCCUGGUGCAUUGCUCGCUCCUCGGCCCCCACUCGAUGCUCCCACUGUCGCUGAGGCUGUUGCUGUUAUCUCCUGCUGGUACGAGGACAAGACAGAAUGGGGAGAUAGAGUUGGGUGGAUUUAUGGAUCAGUGACGGAAGAUGUGGUCACAGGUUACAGAAUGCACAACCGUGGGUGGAGAUCAGUCUACUGCAUCACAAAGAGGGAUGCUUUUCGAGGAACCGCGCCCAUUAAUCUCACUGACAGGCUGCAUCAGGUGCUUCGAUGGGCCACUGGUUCUGUCGAAAUUUUCUUCUCCCGGAACAACCCUCUUCUUGCAACCACCCGGCUCAAGUUCCUGCAGCGCAUUGCAUACUUCAAUGUCGGUGUCUACCCCUUCACCUCCAUUUUCUUGGUGAUCUACUGCUUCCUUCCAGCUCUAUCCCUCUUCUCUGGGCAGUUCAUUGUGCAGAGCCUCAACGUAGCCUUUCUUGUGUACCUCUUCAUCAUCACCAGCACACUGAUGCUGCUGUCCCUGCUGGAAGUUAAGUGGUCUGGAAUUGCACUGGAGGAGUGGUGGAGGAAUGAGCAGUUCUGGGUCAUAGGUGGAAGCAGUGCUCACCUGGUUGCAGUGCUGCAAGGUCUGCUGAAGAUCAUAGCGGGCAUCGAGAUCUCAUUCACGCUGACCUCAAAGUCAGCCGGCGACGAUGAAGAGGACAUCUAUGCUGAUCUGUACCUCGUGAAAUGGACCAGUCUCUUCAUCAUGCCGCUCGCAAUCAUCAUCGUCAACCUGGUCGCCUUGGUCAUGGCGUGCGCGAGGACCGUCUACAGUGUGAUUCCACAGUGGAGCAAGCUUUUUGGAGGGGCCUUCUUCAGCUUCUGGGUGCUGGCUCACAUGUACCCAUUCGCCAAAGGGCUGAUGGGGCGGAGAGGAAGGGUGCCAACCAUCAUUUAUGUGUGGUCAGGGCUUCUCUCCAUUACAGUCUCCUUGCUCUGGUUAUCCAUCAGCCCCCCAAGUGACAACUCGACUGCUGGCGGUGGUGCAAAUUUUUCUGUAUAAAGAUAUCUAUAUAGUUGUGUUCUACUUAGAUGGAGUACAUAUGUUAAAUUAAAACUUUCUUUGCUAAUUAAUUCAUUGACUG